UGGGUGCCCAGCACACGCGAGAAUGUUUUAUAAAUACUCAGAUAUAUAUAAAGAAAUUAAGAAAUUCUGUAUAAAAACACAACCUAUCGUCAUAAGCACAUUCAGCAACCUGGAUAAGACCACAAUUUUCAAAGUUUUGGUUCAUGAAGUUAAAAUGCUGAUAUUGCAUAUCAGAUUAUCUGGUGAUUGUAUGAUUCAUACCUCUAAAAUCUGUGAAUGGGGGCUUUUUGUAGCCACUAACAUCAUUAUUUAGAAUUACACAUUUAUGCUCUUGCCAUCGAAAAUACGUGACAUGCCGGGAAUUAUGCGACGACGACGCCAUUAACAAUGUCAAGACAUACAACGUUGCCAUUUUGAUAUUUGACAGUUCUUCAAUUUACUCGCUUACCAUGGAGAACUCUAUAAAAGAAAGAAUAAGACAACGAAGAGCUGCCAUGGAGAUGAAUUUCACAUCUGAAUCUGGAUCAUUUGUUUCUAAUUUUGACAAGAAUGACAGGAGUAAAAAUGAUGAGCCUUCUGGUAGAAGAAAUCAUGCAAUAGAAAACAUGGUAAUUGAUGUAUCUAAUGAAGAUGUGACAAAUAUUCAGACUUUGAAUAGCAAAGAAUCAGAUGAAGAUGAUAUGUUGGGUAGACUGAAAACAAGAAGAAUAAAAUGGCAAAAUGAGUUUGGUCAACAAGGAUCUUGGACACAACCCUCCACACCUGUACAAGGUAUACUAGUAUACAAAGAUGCGGAGAUAUCUGGUUUUCACGACAGGUUUAUUGAUCCUUCAGGUUUGUUAUGA